CUCAAGUGACAUAUCAGGACACAAGGUGACACAAACGAAACUGCGGGAAGACAGGCAUCCUUUGUUUUAGCCAUGGCGAUCAGCAACAAGAAGCUCCAGAAAAUCAUGACCCUUCCCAUCAAUCAGAUCUUCAGAUAUUUGCAGAACAGGUCUCGUGUUCAGGUUUGGCUCCAUGAGCAAGCGGACCUGCGGAUUGAGGGCCGCAUUUUGGGCUUUGAUGAGUACAUGAAUCUAGUCAUCGAUGAUGCAGAGGAAAUCUUGGUGAAAAAGAAGACCCGACGCGCGAUUGGCCGCAUUCUGCUGAAGGGUGAUAACAUUUGUCUCAUGAUGAACACUGGCGCGUAGAUUUGUUGAAGGCAGCUUUUUGACUCAGCUUGAGAUCUGAGGGUAUUCUCGGGUAUUUUGACUCUUGUUUUGCAAAAAAAAAGCAAGGCCUUCCCAGAGUUUUGUGUCUCACAGACACGGCAAAGUGCUGUGGUUCAAGCCGGUCAUUCGAUGACCGUGGUGGUGAAUCUAUAUUGGAAGGGACGUGUCCUCGAAGCGCAGAGAAAUCUGUGAGCAAAACGCUUC